AUGAGUUAAGCGCAACCAGUCAUCAAGGAUGACGUAGGUGUCAUUGAUCCAGCUAUCAAAAAAGUUAGAAAGACUUUUGAUUCUAACAUAACAAGACCCCUUGCCUUCAGAAUUAAAUAAUUGAAAAACCUGAAAGAUGGGUUUAUUGCUUUAGAAAAAGAUAUCAGCGAAGCAGUAAGAAAAGAUUUGGGCAGAGAAGCAUUCAUGACCUGGUUCGGUGAAUUAGUCAUUAUGCUUGGAGAGAUCGAUCAUACCAUUUAGCAUCUUAAAAAGUGGAUGAGAGAUGAGAGUCUUGAUACUCCAAUGUCUUUAGGACCAGCAAGUACUAGAAUUGUUUACGAACCAUUAGGCUGUGUACUAAUUGUGGGAUCUUGGAACUUCCCUCUAUUCACCACUAUUGGACCUCUUAUUAGUGCUAUUGCAGCUGGUAAUGUGGCUGUCAUAAAACCAUCUGAGCUUGCUCCAUUCUCAUCUAAUAUUAUUAAGAAGCUUAUAUUCAGAUAUUUAGACACCAAUGCUUAUGCUCCAGUGGAGGGUCAAGUUUAGGUCGCAAUUGCAUUAACCUCUAAAAAAUUUGACUUGAUUUGUUAUACUGGCAGUUCUGAGAAGGGUAAGCUAGUGGCUGCCUCAGCUGCAAAGAAUUUGAUUCCUUGCAUUCUUGAAUUAGGAGGAAAAAGUCCUUGUAUCGUUGAUCAGGGUUGUGAUAUUGAUUAUACAGUUAAAAAGAUAUGCUUUGGUAGAUUUGUAAACUUUGGCCAAACAUGCAUUGCCCCAGAUUACGCAUUAGUUCAUGUUUCUAAGAUUGAAGCCUUCAACACCAAACUUAAAAAGGAGGUAGCAAGCAUGUGGGAGGAAGGAAAAAAUAUUAAAGAUAUGGGGAAGGUAAUCAACGACUUCCAUCACAAUAGACUUUGCGAAUUACUUAGAAAUCACGGAGGAAAUGUUUCCAUAGGUAAUUCAAACGCUCACGAGGAUAGAAAUUUGCAACCAACAGUUAUCUUGAGUCCUGACAGAGAAUCUCCAGUAAUGAAGGACGAAAUAUUUGGGCCAAUUCUUCCAGUUUACACUUAUUCGAACUUUGACGAGGUAAUUAAAAUGAUCAAUGAAGGAGAGAAACCAUUGGCACUCUAUUAUUUCGGCAGUGCUUCUUCUGCUAAUUACAAAAGACUUGAAAAGGAGACUUCAAGUGGAGCUCUAGUCUCAAAUGAAGUUUUAUUCUAAGUUGCUAAUCCAGAUUUUCCAUUUGGUGGAGUUGGUUACUCUGGCUAUGGAAGAACUCAUGGAUUUGCUGGAUUCAAAGCAUUCUCUAACGCUAAGUCAGUGUUCAACAAGUAAGUAAUGACAAUGUAUCCCUACAACCAACUUUACCCCCCAUUCACCCCUGAUAAGUAAAGACUAAUUAAGACUCUCUGCAAGUAUCUUGCGGCUCCUUAGAGUGUAUUCUUCAAGAGAUUUGUCUAUCUAGUAUUGGUUGUUCUAAUUCUUAGAAGUGCAAGACAGGGUAGAAUCAAUAAGGCAUAUUUUGAAAAAGUAAAGGAACUUGUCUUGUCCAUUAUCAGCCUUAUCAAAACGACUUUUAUUAAAUGA